AUGAACACAACAAACGAGGAGAGCACUCAACCACACACAGAAGAAUGUUCUUCCAAAGAAAGCCAAGAAACAAUCCUUCCUCUUCUUUCUCCAAAAGCCUCAUCUUCGGAAAAUAACGAAAAAGAUCAUCACGCAACAAUAUUGUUGCAUAAGGAUGAAAAAUUGAACGAAAAUCAACAUGUUGAUCAUUACCCAAACACAACCACACAAAAACAUCAUCUUCCAAAAUACAUACAUCAAGAACUACAUCAUGCGUUUCAUGAAGAGACCAGUACCACAGAUUUUACUUCAACCGGUGAUGAAGUUACUGACCACAGUUUUGGAGCGUCAAAUCAUACAGAAGAAGGAACUAUCAAUAAGAUUGAAGAGGUUGCAGAGAGAUUUGCUCAUGCAACCAAGAAGAAGAGCAAAAAAGCAUUAAAACUCAUCACAGUGACACCUUUCAAUGUAUUCAAGGAGAUUAUGGAAGAAGAAGAACAAGAAGAGGAUGAACAACCGUCAGAACCUCAAAGACAAAGUCAUUCAAGGACUGGCUCACGAGAGGAUAUUAACACUGAACAAGAAAUUGACAGCCACCAUGAGAUGCACGAAGCUGUGACACAACACACCGAAGAGCAACAAGACAAACUCAUUGAGCAUGACUCGAUAAGCGAAUCACAUGAUCAUGCUCAUGAUGCUACUCCAAAGAACCCUCACAACCAAGAAGAUUCAGGAAAGCCAAUCAAAUUUCAGACUCAAUUUUGUCUAUGUACCUUUGAUGAAACACCAGAUUUUUUACGUAAUAAUCCCUACAUAAGAGGACACUACCGAAAGUACUUCUCUCUCAAAUUAUGUUUACAGAGCAUCUUUAAAUUUCACAAUGAGACAGUGAAUAUUUGGACCCAUUUAGUACCAAUUUUUGGAUUUUUAGCUCUUGUUUUUUAUACUAUUUAUUUUAUGGUUAUUGUUCACAACACAGGUGCCAAUGCGCAAAAUAUUUUAGAUAUGUUCAUAAUUAUGAUUUAUCUCGGAAUGGCUAUUAAUUGUUUUUUCUGUUCAACCAUGUAUCAUACAUUAAGCUGUCACUCAAAGAAGAUUUGGAGUAUUUCUUAUCGUUGUGACAUUUCUGCAAUUAGCGGACUAAUUGGAAGCAGUAUUAUUCCUGCUCUUUACUUCAAUCUUUAUUGCUAUGUUGGAUGGCAAAUUGUCUAUAUCAGCUCAAUAGGAUUGUUUGCUAUUGUAGGAAUGAUUUUCCCCUGUUUGCCCUUCAAAAGCCCAAGAGCUCUCAAAAUAUUUAGAAUUGUAAGAACUGUAUUAUUUAUCUCGAUGGUAUUGAGUGCUAUUAUUCCUAUUAGCCACUUUCUAUUAUUUAUUCUUCCACUCAAACAAGAGUAUACAGGUGGAUUUCAUUCAGAAUUCAAUCAAGAAUUUUUCAUUGGAAUUAUCAUAACAGUAUCAUUGUAUGGAAUUGGUCUUUUAUUUUGGCUGACCAAAAUGCCAGAGCGCUUAUUUCCAGGCAAAUUUGAUUUAUUCCUCUCAUCUCACAACAUUUGGCAUGCAUUCAUUAUUGCUGCAAGUUCGCUGUGGUACUCUUACUGCCUUAAUCUUUACAAAGUGAAAGUGGAAAAACUAAAAGCAGGUUUGACCUGUCCAGCAGACUCUUUUUAA